AUGUUGCCCCCGGGAACAGAUGGCAGGACUGGUAGUAGCAUGGUUGAGGUUUAUUAUCAACAACACGUCCCUCCACCCCUUAUCCCUCUUCCACUUUUCUCCCCUAUCCCCAUUCCUCACCUCAUGCCCACGUCCUUCUCCUCUACCCCUAUUAUCACCUCCAACCCUUUCUCCCAGCCCAUCCCUAACCCGCUCAGCCCUGCACCAACCGUUCUUGUUUGCCUGCGCGCUAUUGGAUGUAGCCAAGCAUCCUCUUUCGGCCUCUCGCUUCACCAGUAUCGUAAAAAUCUUUCCUGUCCAUCGUUAGACGAGGCAUAUACCACUACUCCCGGGCCCAGAAGAACACUGCGAAGAAAACCCAAAGCCCUGAAUCUCAACCUUGUUCGCUCUCGUGAAAUCACGCCUUUGCCGUCUGUAACCCCUCUAUCAACCUCGCCAGUUCCUCUCUCGCGAAGCCCAGCGGAGUUGGUUCAGACAGCCCAUUCAUUAGAAAGCCAUCCGGUGCCUUGUUGCGAGCAGCGGGAUAUCCCCACACACUCUCCCUAUUGCAGCCUGACAGACGAGACAGUGAUUCUGCGAAGAAUAAAUACUGCACCUACUGUUCUUAACAGUUCACCCGGAUACUACCCUUCAUAUCCACCCCGUUCACUACCUCCACCUUACACGCCCACGGCGAGUAUAGCAAGUGGAAGCUCCAGAAUCAGAAGGCUGAAAGCGUUCAGAAAUCAACUGAAGCGGAUUCCAGCCAAACUCAUUUCCCACGGCAAAUCUUGCUCAGAAUCGGGGCUUUCUUUAUGUUCAAAUCAGUUAAAGUCUCAGCCAAACGAAACACAGCACCAAUAUAGAGGUGUUUCCUUCGAGAUACUCAACCGACCUAAACUCCCUUGUUUGUCCCUUACCUCAGACCCUAACCCCACCAACCUGUUCAAGGGUAAUUCCUCAGCCUCCCUUUUUAACACCAUGUCUGCUCCUGGUCAAAGCUUCCUGGGUAGCCACCCUCCUCUAGGGGAACAAACCCCUCUGAGGCGCUCCUGUCCAGUUAGGUCAAGGAGUGAAGAGCGUCGGCCUACUCCCCCACGGGCUUUGUUUGAAGAUCUUCCCACAGCCCAUUCCUCUAUCACUUCUCGGAUAACAAGCCAGAGAAGCAAUGUUUUCCCAUUGUUUCCAUACAUCGACCACGCCGUGGAUAAUUUGGAGCUGGAGCAGGAGCUUGCGUUUGAGCCAACAAUUGAAGAACAUAACAUCGAGUUUCCGUCCAAUCAGCCAGGUUCGCCCAUAUUCUAUUCUGAAAACGAAGCUUCUGAACAGAUUCUGAAGUUUCUAUCACCUCGAGAGGUAGCGCUGUCCCCUACUCCUGCUCCAGUUGAAGAUGAUAGUGAUGAUGAUGAGGACGAUAUCAAGAACCUCGAUGAUUCGUACUCAAACACUGCACUGAGCGGUACGUCAGCUGGCCAGCCGUCAAACUACUUUUCGAGCUUAAGGUCACGUUCCGACAGUCGUUUAAAUGGUGGAGCAAUCCGGAGGAAUCCCUCCAGAGUCACGAAGAUGCAAAUGCCAAACCACGAGCGCAGCAUUUCAAGCCCUCUUGACCACCUUUCCAAAGAACUUGAGGAAUGUUUUAUCAACGACGAAAAUGCAGUUUCAGAACGAACAUACCCAGCGCCAAAGCAUCCAUUCGAACGCAGCCUUGAGGCUGCAGACGCAGCAGCACACGCGCAACGGCAGUCAUCUAUCUACUCGACAGGCGACACGCUGUCAGAGCUAUGUAACCAGGCGCUGGCAGACAGUAUCCACGCAAGAGAUGGGUCAGGUCCGUAUGACAUCGAUCCUCGCCUGUCCAAUGACUUUUCCUAUGAUCACCAUCACAUGCGGCAUUGCCAAUACAGCUUGGGUUCAAUAUCAAGUCCGAAUUUCUCCAAACCCAUGCACCUGCGGGACUCAGAGCGUCCUGAGCCAAGCACACGUACAAGCACGCUUGCGUUUCCAAUCUCCUAUUCCUCAGUGGAUGAUCCUAAUCUUCACCAUUCAAACUGGCAUGCACGUCGGGUCGACAACACUAGUAACAGUUCAAUUCCAGCGACCAUUGAUAUUGGUCCUGGAACCCUUCAAUCUAGUUCUAUCACUGGAAUCGCCGAUUAUGAAUUUGUAGAUGAAGAACACGAUGAUAUGGAUCCGGGAAGCAGCCAAACGGCAUCCAGUCGGCAGCUAAGCGGACUUGGGACGUUGUCCACACUCAAGUCUCGCUUUCGAUUUCCAUCGACUUUGUCGUCAUCUCGCUCAAAUGGGGCAAAAGGAGGCGAUGGAUUGAAAUCGCAAAGCUUUAACAUGUACGCUCUUUCAGCUGUCUACAGAAAGCAGGUUUCUGACCAGAUGGAAGGACAUAAGGCUUUUAGAAGCGGGGAAGAGAAAGGGGAGAACAGCAAAUGGUAUGGGCAAGGUGAUGAUUAUGAUGGGGGAUAUGAUGAUGCACAGGACUGGCAAACAGUUGCUGGCAGCCAGCAGUUUAGAAGUGGGAUCAAAUGCGAUUUCUCGCGCAUAGACACAGGGAGCAGCCUGGCUAACUACUCCAGCUAUGGGAGUCUUGCGAAUGCAGAACCGAAGCUCUGGACAAUGUUGACAUCACCGGGGGAACCCCAGCAGCAAUUUCCUAGUUGCCCCUUUAACACUAACCCAGCAGCGUUGCACACAGGACAAAAAGGGCUUGCCCAAUCCCACAAACCGCACCAGAACCCAGAGUUAGACCAAGUCGUGCUGUUGCCGGAGAACCACCAUGCGCAUGAUCACCACAACCACUCAGCUGCAGCUCUAGUUACAACUAAGGCAGGCCUCAGUUUCUUAGACAGCAACAACUCCAGACGGACCCUUGCGCCAGUUCUCGCAGCCUCAACAGCAGCGACUCCAGCUCCUUUGGCCUCUUCUUCCUCGCGUUAUCAACACCCGACCCCGCUGCAAAAACCACAUACGCACCCUUUCCAACACCCACCACCUGUCCUUGACAAGGGAAAAAGACGGCUGCGGAAACAUAGUCUGUACCAGCAACCAACCCCGUCUCGGUUUGGCCCAGGCCCUAGUGGAAGUAGUAAGUUUAAUUUCUUUGAUUUCUCUUAUCAUCAGCAACAUCAGCCUCAACUACAGAAACAAACUACAACUACCGCUGGUGCUGCAACUACUGCAACCACCAAACCCUGUCGCUGGCAGCAGUCCUCUGUGACUGACUCCAUUGGCCCUGCUGCAACUGCAACCGCGUCAUCAGACUGGUGCACUGUGUCUUCGUCUGCCCAAGAAGUGUCUGCGCCUGGCCAGGACCCAUAUCCCUCCUAUUUUCCGAAAGAAAUCCCUUUUGUUUCUUCCAGAAGGGACACCACAACAACCACCCCCGUCGCGCAACACAAUAAAAAUAUUGCCCGCCGUAAAAAGGCUUUUUCCCAUAAAUAUCCGAGCAUGCCUAAAUUCGGUACUGAGGAGACUAAAGAAGCUAACUACGAAAACCCCAGUCAGCAUUCACUGCCCCUGACCGCAAGCACCCACUCCGCGCCGCGCGACUAUUCUCCCGCCAAUAGGAAGCAAAAAGAAGCCACUUCCGUUCCCAAGAUGCCCGAACGAGCUCAUCCCACUCCCCGCUACGACUCCACCGACCGUCUCAUUCUGGAUCAGCACUCUAUCCCUCCCACCCCGCCUCGUUACCCCUACGGGCAUUAUUCCAGUAUCCAUUCAUCAUCCUUGGCAUCUGAAUCAAGGUUUCAACAGCAACAUGACCAGCAGGAUGCCUGGCGUCCCUCAGCAGUAACAGGGGCACGUACGAUGUCCUGUGGGCUCCGUUGGCUUCUGACCCAAGACACAAUCACCAAUCACUACUCUUGCAAGAACAAUACUGAUACCAAUGAUCAACAAGAUCAAAAUCGUUGCAUGAGAGCUCCAUCUCGCAAUGACUAUGUCCGCGAACGCAUUCGUCAGCUUGAUGAACCGAUAAACGCUGCUGCCCUCCAACACGCGAGAGGUAGAUAUGCUAGAAGAACCGCAACCACCAACACCAAUACCAAACCCUCCACUAACAAUGCAAUCCCUACUCUCCACAUUACUCACGAGAGAGCACGAAACAUCCCUCCCCGUCCUUUCAACGUCGCUAUCCGCCCUGUCAUCAACAAUCACUUUGACGUCGACGAAGAAUCCCAUAUCGGUGACUGGUACUACUCCGAGCACGGCCAAUACGCGUUCUCCACUGCGCCACGCCUCUACAAAAUGUCCGCUAGACAUAAAGAACGCGCUGCUAUUACAGGUCCAAAUACAAAUUUUGUUCUCCAACGACGUGUUGGGCGGGAAUUGAUCAUUGGCGCGACUGCCUUCUUACCCUUGGGUUGGUUUGUGCUGGGUUAUAUUGCGCUUCUGGGCCAUGGUGCGGAUUGGUUGGUGCACUGGAGGUCACGUGGAGAGGCGAUUGGGUUUCACUAUAAGGAGGUGAGAUUUGCGAGGAGGGCAGCUGGGGUGGUGUUAAUUAGUUUGGUUAUUGCAGGGCUUGUUAUUGGGACUAUUGUGGCAGCUCUGCAUGAGAACGAUUCGUGA